AUCCCAUCCAACCUCCAUGACCGCAGAAUCACCGUUCCCGAUCGAAACCAUCCACACGUCCCGGGAGAUCAGGGGUGUACCGACGCAGGCCUGCGUCAUGUACUUUGCCGACAAGAUCUGGGUUGUCGUCACCCAGUUCAACAAAGUCGGCAAUCUGGUGCUGGCGACCCAGAGCACCUUGGCCAACCCGCUGCUGGCACCACCCUCUGGAUCCUCGAUAUCGACCAAGGUUCUUCUCGGACAGCGAGAUGACCCACGCCUGUCCAUCUAUGCGUCCUCAAUCCUCGCGCGCAUCACCACUCGUUCCCCUCUCGAAACUCGGCCAUUGUUGCUCGGGAUCGCAUUGCAUCCCGAUCCCGACGACUCCGCCCCCAGCCAAGUGUUUGAGGAGGUCAUGGACUUGCUCGAGAGCAUCAAUCUCUUCUGAGUGGGCACCCAUGACCGUAUCGGCGGCUCCCCUGUCACACGGCUCUGCCAGGACUCUCGGGCGCAUUCGAUCGUAAUCAACCCAUGCCACGAGUUCGCUGUCUUCUCAAUACAUUGAUACGCAUUUGUCACAGCCAUCCAGGGCAGCGCCAACGGUUGUGUCGCUCCUGAUCAUGAUGCUCUUCUGAGACCAAGCUUCGAGCAUUUGCAAAUCCAGUGGGCAAUCAUCCCCGGUUCAUGCGAUUGCCCCAUCCCUUGGGGUUGUCGUCCUUGAAGUCGUCCCAGGCCCUGGCUUUCAUGGUCGCCGCAUCAAUGGUGGCCUCUUCAUCCUCGUCAUCUGGCUUCUUCUCGGGCUUCUCA